AUGGCCUUCCACGUAUCGGCCAGCUUACCGAAUAUUCAGGCCGUAACGUCGGAUCUCUGGCCGUCCAUGUCGAAUGUUCUCGGGUUGCCGUGGAAGAACGUUGAGCACCUUUCCAAGUCAACAUCCAAGGACAAGGGUAUAUCGAGAGCUCUACGACAGACCGCCGAAGAGGACGGCUUAAGCGUAUGUAUUUAUUCGCCCGUGAAAGUUAGUCGACAAUAUAUUGAUGAUGCCCAGAAGGUCCAACCCCUUUCUCUACCGGAAUCUCUGAAAUCGGCCUCCAUGGAAACUCUGAGAUCGGACGUCGUCUCUGGUCUGCUGCGGCAAAGCUCGAAUCCAGUCUUUGGCCAGAGCACGCUGCGGACAGCACAGAUCCUUUUGCGCGCCAGUCCGAGCGUUCGUCAAGCUUCUCGUCAAUAUUCGUCCCUCUCCUCGUCCAAUCUCUAUCUUUUCCGUAAAUCCCGGGGAGUCAAUGGGAUUCCGAGAUUCGAGCAGCAGAGGUUUUUGUUUGGAGGACCGUCGCAGGCUCUGCUUGCACAGAAGGAAAAGAUCGCCAACAACAACCCGAAUAGUGCCAAUGCUCAGAACGCUUUUUAUCAGGCGCUUCUCCGUGCCAAUAUGCCUGCUAUCGUGGUGGAGCGUUACCGUUCUGGGCGUUUUGCUAGCAACCAGACCACUGAAAACAUCUACCUGAAGGCUCUUCAGCGAGUCGGUGGCGACGCCGCCGUGGCGCAGGGAUCAGUUCAAGGCCAGAAUAAUCAGAAUCUGAGCCAAGAGCAGUUGCAAGCCAUCGGUCAAGCGGUCGCAGCACGCAACCAUGGCGGUCAAAUUGGAAUGGCAACAAAACAAACCGGUACCGGAGCCAAAGACUCGCCUCUGUACGUUGUGGUCGAGGAGUCUCUGGGCAGCGCAGUAUUCCGAUGGGUCAAAUUCCUCCUGUACUUUGGCUUCUUCACGUACAUGUCCCUGGUGCUGGUUACUAUUCUUGUGGAAACUACGGGAGUCUUGAAGAACGUCCGCGGCACGCAGACCAACGAAGCUACGCCUCAACAGCAAAAGGUGCGUUUCAGCGACGUGCACGGAUGCGACGAGGCCAAGGAUGAACUUCAGGAGGUGGUCGAGUUCUUGCUCAAUCCGGAACGGUUUUCGUCUCUGGGUGGCAAACUGCCAAAAGGUGUCCUCUUGGUCGGCCCCCCGGGUACGGGCAAGACCUUACUCGCACGGGCUGUUGCGGGUGAGGCUGGAGUUCCGUUCUUCUACAUGUCCGGAUCCGAGUUCGACGAGGUGUACGUCGGUGUCGGUGCCAAGCGUGUCCGCGAUCUCUUCGCUCAAGCCCGGGCCAAGGCGCCGUCUAUCAUCUUCAUCGACGAGUUGGAUGCCAUCGGCGCCAAGAGGAAUGAGCGUGAUGCAGCGUAUGUCAAGCAGACCUUGAAUCAGCUUUUGACUGAGCUGGACGGGUUUUCUCAAUCAAGCGGCGUCAUCAUCCUCGCAGCCACCAACUACCCGCAGCUUCUGGACAAAGCCCUGACCCGUCCUGGUCGAUUUGACCGUCGGGUUGUCGUUGGUCUUCCGGACGUCCGUGGUCGCAUGGAGAUCCUGAAGCAUCACAUGAAGAAUGUCCAAGUCAGCACCGAUGUCGAUGUUGCGGUCAUCGCCCGUGGCACUCCUGGUUUCUCCGGUGCUGAUCUUGAAAAUCUGGUCAACCAGGCCGCCAUCCACGCCAGCCGGAACAGGCAAACCAAGGUCACAUCGAAAGACUUUGACUGGGCCAAGGAUAAGAUCAUGAUGGGCGCAGAAGCGCGAAGCCGCAUCAUUCAGGAGAAGGACAAGCUUCUGACUGCGUACCACGAGGCUGGCCACGCUCUUGUCGCAUACUUCUCUCCAUCGGCUACUCCUCUCUACAAGAUCACCAUUGUUCCCCGCGGCAUGGCCUUGGGUGUUACCCACUUCCUGCCCGAGAUGGAUCUAGUCUCGAGGAACUACACUGAAUACUUGGCUGAUAUUGAUGUCUCCAUGGGUGGCAAGGCCGCUGAAGAGUUAGUAUUUGGACCGGAUAAAGUCACGAGCGGCAUCUCAGCGGACCUCCAACAAGCCACCGAGACCGCUUUUACGUUGGUCACUCGAUUUGGGUACUCGAAGAAACUUGGAAAUGUGGAUCUGUCAACCAACUACGACAGCCUGUCCUCGGAAACCAAGCAAGAAAUCGAAUCGGAAGUGCGUCGAUUGGUGGAAGAGGGCAGGGCUAGGGCCACCAAGAUCCUGACGGAGAAGCGGAAGGAGCUGGAAUUGCUGACCAAGGCAUUGAUGGAAUACGAGACCCUGACCAAAGAGGAGAUGGAAAAGGUUAUCCGGGGCGAAAAGCUUGAGAAGUUGGAAUCCAGCCCCUCAGCUCCGCUUAAACUGCCGGAGGCACUUCAGCCGGCCAGCCUGAACCCAUCCACGCCAGCCUCUACCACCACCACGGCGAAAUGA